AUGACCAAGGAAAGCAAACCCCUUGCUAGUCAGUCUCCCAGCACCGUGGAGUCCAAAUAUCCUCCUGCUGAAACUAUGGCAGCUGGAAUCCUAUCACAAAGCGGUCCCAUCCUUCCCUCUAAUGACGCAAGAGACAACGGAACUCCAACACACGCCACAUCAAACCGUAAGGACAGCCUUAGGUCGAGCAACAAUGCAGCUCCAACUCCAACUAAAGUUACAACCAGCAAUCUAGAAAACCUGACUUCAAGUAGCGACACAAAUGGCGUUGAAAACCACACCACAGACACAUCCAAACCCACUGCGAUUACAGUAUCAGGUAGUCCUAGGGAUAUCAUCUGUGGACGUGGUCUGCACAUCAUGAAUCACCAUGGAAACCACAAUCUUCACCUCAUCGUCGACAGGUAUCGUCAAACCUAUCUGACAUCUACUCGCAGAGACAAGGCUGCAAUCACUCAACAUAUCGUCAAGCAGCUGAAAAGCACCGGGGCAAGGUUUCUUCGACGGUUCAAUGACGACAGCGACGACAAAUGGUUGGAAGUCGAUGACAAGACCGCGUAUAAGAAGGUCAGCCACGCGUUGCGUCUGAGAAAGAGCAAUCAUGGACAGAACUUUUUGGAGUCUCUUCCUGGACAGCAGGCAGGUAGCCAACAGUCUGUACCGUUGCAUUCGACUUCUCGAAGAGAGACAAUAAGUACCUCACAAAAUAUCGCUGGCAUUCCAAUUGGUACAAAGGGUACAAUGAGUCAUCCGUCAUCGAGAUUGCCUUCUUCGCCCUCACUUGCUACACAGUUGCCUUUUUCAUCACCUACAUAUCAACUUCAGGUGGCAACCCAAUCCGCAAUACCGCCCGUUGUUGGAACACAUAUCCAGCCAAGAAUGUUACAUCCGUCUGCCACCAUGAAUGGAUAUGACAAUGUAGCGAUGGAUCCUCAAUUGUUUGCGAACGCCUUUGCAACCACACUUGUCAUAAUGACACAGUUGCAACAGCAGCAACGCUUACUUUCUUACGGUUGUUCGAUUGAUGAUCAGAGGUCAAGGAGAAAUUCUGAUGAUGAAGGAACAUGA